UUAUUACGUCUCUUCAUUUGCGGAAGGACCCCUAAAAGCUAAACAGAAUUCGGGCUAAUGUAAACUUCACAAUAUAACGGUCGUGUUGUGAAAGUUUUCAUGUAAAUAAGACUCGAUCUGUGACAUGACGAUACGUAUGAGGAGUUUAUUUCGUGUCGAUGCAGUCUCGUCACAGGAAAGUGAAGUUUUCCUUUUGCGCUGAAAAACACACUCUGGAUUGUGGAAUGGGCCAAUUGUUUUGUAACUGAUUAGUGGCUGCUUCUAAAUAACAGGAGUCAUAAUGAAGAGGAGAAUCGAUGCACCGUUGUCACCAUUAUUGGCUCCAAAGAAACGCUGUGAUGACAGCAGCUCGGACGAGUCACACGUGCUUCCAUCCAGACAGGACUCGAGCCAAAAUGAAUCCCAGAGUGACCUUGAAGAUCACAGACCAGGCUUCUCAGUUCCCUCUUUAUCUUUUGAUGGGCAACACACAGAUGGCCCCACACAGACCGCCACCUUCUCCUUGUAUAACAGCGUGUCAAAGAAGCUCAUGGCCAAGAUGGGCUACUGUGAAGGUAAGGGUCUAGGGAAGUUCAACCAAGGUCGAAAAGAGAUUGUGGAGGCAUCUACACAGCGAGGAAGGCGAGGUCUCGGCCUAACACUUCAGGGUUUCCAAAAGGAGCUCAAUGUUAACUGGCAAGAUGAACCUGAGCCAAGUGCUGUCGAGAAAGUCGAGUGGUUUCCAGAAUGUACCACAGAGAUCCCGGAUGCUAAUGAGCUAAAGGACUGGAUGGCUGUGGGGCCGAGUAAAGUAAAUAUUGAAGAUGAGACAGAGUUUUGUACUGAAGAUCUCUUGCACACUCUUCUCAAGUGCAAGACAGCUUUUGAUGACCUGGAUGGUGAGGAAAUGAGGAGAGCACGAACACGUUCUAACCCUUAUGAGACAAUUAGAGGAGCCAUCUUCCUCAACAGGGCAGCUAUGAAAAUGGCAAAUAUCAACUAUUGCUUUGACUAUAUGUUCACCAACCCAAAAGAUUCACAAGGGCGACCUCUGACAAAAGACCGCGAGGGUGAGCUUCUGUACUUUGGUGACAUCUGUGCGGGUCCUGGAGGCUUUUCAGAAUACGUGCUGUGGAAGAGAGGCUGGCAUGCAAAGGGCUUCGGUAUGACACUAAAAGGACCCUGUGACUUUAAGCUGGAAGAUUUCUUUGCUGCGCCCAGUGAGCUUUUUGAGCCUUACUAUGGGGAGGGAGGUGUGGAAGGGGACGGGGACAUCACUCGCCCGGAAAAUGUGACCGCGUUCCGAAACUUUGUGUUGGAGAAUACGGAGAGAAGAGGUCUGCACUUUCUCAUGGCAGAUGGGGGUUUUUCUGUGGAGGGUCAAGAGAACAUCCAAGAGAUUUUGAGCAAACAGCUGCUGCUGUGUCAGUUCCUUACAGCAUUGUCUACACUAAGGACAGGUGGCCAUUUUGUGUGUAAGACAUUUGACCUCUUCACUCCCUUCAGCGUGGGCUUGGUCUACCUGCUCUACCUCUGCUUUGACAGGAUCUCACUAUUCAAACCGGUUACUAGUAGACCUGCCAACUCUGAGAGGUACAUUGUGUGUCGCGGUCUAAAGCCCGGAUCAGAUGCUGUCAGAGAGUACAUGUUCAAAGUCAACCUCAGACUCAACCAGCUCAAGAACAAAGACUCGGACGUCAUAGAAGUAGUUCCUCCACACAUCAUGAAGGAAGACACAGACUUCUACCAGUUCAUGGUCAACUCCAACGAGAGCCUCUGUGCAGUCCAAAUCAAAGCUCUGGCGAAGAUCCACGCUUAUGUUAAUGACUCUAACCUUUCAGAGUCGAGACAAGCAGACAUCAGGAAAGAAUGCCUGAAGCUCUGGGGGGUUCCUGACAAAGCCAGAGUCACGCCGGCAUCCUCAGACCCAAAGUUUAAAUUCUACGAAUUAAUUAAGAAUUCAGACGUGGAGGUGUUCCAGUGUAAGGUCACACCACUCAAAUCCACCACACUAGAGAAGAUGCGCCACAUCCUGGACCACCGUUGCAUUGUGGGAGGUGGUGAGCAGAUCUUCCUUCUAGCACUUGGGAAGUCUCAGAUAUACACAUGGGACGGAAAGAUGCCUCUGCGCUGGAAGAAACUGGAAAAUUUCAAGCUCGAGCUGCCAAGAGAUACACUUCUAAGUGUGGAGAUCGUCCAAGAGCUGAAGGGCGAGGGGAAAGCUCAGCGGAGAAUCAACGCCGUGCACGUGAUGGACGCACUGAUACUGAACGGCACUGAUGUACGAGAUCAGCACUUCAACCAAAGGAUCCAGAUGGCUGAGAAGUUUGUGAAGGCUGUUUCCAAACCCAGCCGACCAGACAUGAAUCCAAUCAGGGUGAAGGAGGUGUACAGGCUGGAGGAAAUGGACAAAAUCUUUGUCAGACUGGAGAUGAAGAUGACAAAGAGUUCUGGGAGAGAUCCUCGUCUGUCCUACACCGGCAGAGACGACCGGCACUUCCUGCCCACAGGCCUCUACAUCAUCAAAACCGUCAACGAGCCGUGGACUAUGGCCUACAGCAAGAACUCCAAGAGGAAGUUCUUCUUCAAUAAAAUGACCAAUCAGUCGUUUUAUGAAAUGCCACCCAACUCCGCUGCCUCGUUCCAGGUGUGUCACUCUGAGAGACUCUUCUGGGCCUGGGUGGAGGGGGUGAUAGUUCACGAUUCUCAGACACGAAUGGAUCCAGAGAAACUGUCCAAGGAUGAUGUGCUCUCCUUCAUCCAUCAGAACUACCAGAUCUGAAAGGCUCCGCCCACUGCACGCUCUGCACAGGAAGCACCAGGUUCUGAGCAGCACAGUGGGGGCUUGAAUCCACUCCAUCUGCAGCGUUUCUAUGUGCAUGUUGAUUAGUCUCAGUCGCGUGUGCUUGUGGAACUUUUGAUCCUCACCUUUUAAACGCUUUGGGUCAUUUUUUGCCUGUAUAAAUGCUAAUGAUGCAGUUUUUGAAGGUAAGGAUCAAAAUAUUUUCCUGUUCCUGUGACCUAUUAAACCACAAGGUUUAUGGUUGUAAUUCUGGAAACAGCGGGUAUAAUUACAACAGCGCCCUCUGCUGGACUUCCAACCUCCACGGUGGAGAAAAAUAAAUAAAUAAAACUUGUAAAGCUCAAAUUGGACAUUUUGUAAAUCAGUUUUGCUCUCUCUCUCUCUCUCUCUCUCUCUCUCUCUCUCUCUCUCUCUCUCUCUCUCUCUCUCUCUCUCUCUCUCUCUCUCUCUCUCUUUCUCUUGUCCAGUUAAAAGUUGAGGAACUGCUCUACAACAGUUUUCAUAAGCUGAUGGACUUUUUUCCCGUCUGUCUUCUGUCUUUUUAUUUUUUAAGCAUCUUUGGGUGCAUAAAUGAGACUCAUUACGUGGGGACAGUACCGAGACUGAAGCUCGUGCUGUCAUCUUCAUACGGGAUUGCAUGUCUCUCUACAUUUCUGCAUUGUCCACAAGGUGCUUAUUUCCUUUGUGCAAACGGCAUGAACAGCUGUUAGUGCUCGAUGCAGAUAAACUAUGCACCCGUCAGUUGUUUUUUUUCUUCUACUACACGUGAUUUUAGUGUAGCUGUCAGCGGCCUCCUCACAGCAGCAGUUGGGUUUUAAUUGUUUCCUCUAAACCUAGAUGUAGCGUGUUCUUGCUAUGUCAGCGAUGUGUUGGUGCUGAGCGUCAGAGGUGUUUGGUUUUUAUUAAGGUGGCUCUGCACAUGCGCCUCUUUGUGGUUGUACCUCAUAGCUGUGAGCGAACACUAAGUUGGCUGUUACUGUUGUAAAUAAUGAGGCUGUAAAUAAAUGGGACUUGCACUUCCCAAAAGUAA